AUGUGGCUCCUGGAGAAGUUCCGUGGCUCUCACAAUGGUCACUCUGCGUCGGCAGGGGACAAGCAGCAGACCCAGACUGGCCCCGUCUCCGUCUAUAACAACAUCAUCACCCCUGAUAAGAUCCCUGACUUCUUCAUCCCCCCCAAGCUCAUCUGCUGCCCUUCAGAGGCAGAGUGCCUAACUCCGGAGACCCAGCCCCGCUCUACUCUGUGCCCCUCCGCCUCGGAGCACACCAUCUGCAGCCAAACCCAGGGCAACUGCACCCGGAACCCCCGCAGCCCACGUCUGCUCUCCCGGCUGGCUGGGGACACCCGCAGCCUCUUGAGGGCCGCUAACCGCCACGUCAUCCAGAUAGAGAGCGCCGACGACCCGGGGAGCGGGGUAGGGGAGGGGGGAGACCCUAACACCAAUGCAGACCCCCAGUCCCAGACAGCCAUGUCCCUGCCUUACGUCCCCAAAGCCCAGACCUCGUACGGCUUCUCCACGCUGGUGGAGAGCCCCCACACCCGCCGCAAGGAGUCCCUGUUCCACAGCAACCCCAACAGCCCCCACACCUCCCCGGGCUCCCAGAGACGCACCCAGGGGGGGAACCACCUGACCCCCUCCGACCCCAACCCCUACCGCUAUUUCAGCGGGGGUGAGAGCGACACGUGCUCCUCAGCCGAGUCCUCCCCCUUUACCUCCCCUCUCCUCACCCGCUCCGCCUCCCUCCUCCGAUCCAUCACCCAGGAGACGCAGGCCAAGGUGUCUCGUGCCAAGCGUACCCUGGCACGCCACAGCUCCCUGUCCACAGACGAGUGCAGCUCAGCCGACAACAGCCCCAACCUGACGCGCCGCCGCCUGCGCUGCCCUCCCUCCCCCGCCUUCCGCGGACGCAAGGGGACCGGCUCCGGGGGGGCAAGUUCAGACCUCCAGCGCGAGCACUCGGUCAACCUCCACAAGGGCGGCACGCUGAGGAUCAGCAUGCACUACGACGCCGAAACGGCCCGACUGAGGGUCCGAGUGCUCGCCGCCGAGGACCUGUAUGACAAACAGACGGACGUGAAGAGCAUCAACUGCUGCGUGUCUCUGUACCUGAACCCGGGCAAGCAGCAAAAGCAGAGGAGCACUAUCAUCAAAAACAGCAGGAACCCCGUGUUCAACGAGGACUUCUUCUUUGACGCCGUGCCCGCCACCCAGGUUAAGAGCCUGGCCAUGAAGAUGAAGGUGGUGAACAAGGGUACCAGUCUGAAGAGAGACCUGCUGCUGGGGGAGAGGGAGGUGCUGCUCAGCGAGCUGCUGCCAGGCUUCUAG